AGAAACCACGUGACCAAUCAUAUGACUUAUGUGAACACAAGUGUAGCCUGAAGGUUACGUUUAGCCAAUUCAUUUACCUCCUGUAAUUUGAGAGUCACGACCUAAUGGACGGAUCAGCUAUAGUCGCAGAUUGUGAUGGACACUUGAAAGAUCUAGUGGAUCUAUGUGGUUCUUUAAAAAAGUGUUUAUAUUGUACAGUAGCACACGAAGACUGAUGUAAGUGAUAGUUUUUUAAACAAUUGAUAUUACAUAAAUGUAGAAAAAUAAGCUGAAAAAUGUCUACAAAAAGAAAAAGCAGAUUUUCACCGUUUUGGAAACAAUGUUUCGUGACAGCAUCAGUGGGUAGCAACAUUAUCGGCCAUGGCGCCGUGAUCGGCUACCCUGGGAUCCUGCUACCUCAGCUCCAUCUCGUGGACUCCGCCUUUAAGCUGGAUGCAGCUUCAGCAUCAUGGAUUGCAUCAAUCCUGGGCAUCACGCAGCUAGUUGGGAGCUUCAUCUCCCCUCCCAUAAUGGAAAAGUUUGGCAGGAGAGUAGCUCACUUCACAGCAACUGUACCCAACCUAAUCGGCUGGUUUGUCAUCACUAUGGCUACCAACUUUGAGGUUCUCUUCGCUGGUCGGAUACUUCAAGGUCUAUCAAUCGGCAUGCUCUCACCUUUACGGUCAGUCCUCAUUGGAGAAUACUCUAGCCCGAAGAACAGAGGAGCUUUCCUCACCACCGUCUCUUUAUCACAAUCCUUUGGAAUAUUCUUCGUACAUCUUAUCGGGUCUUUCCUAAGUUGGCAGCAGGCAGCAUUAAUAUGCUCCUUCUUCCCGUUCAUAAGCAUCAUCAUGACCAUUUACUCACCAGAAUCUCCUAGCUGGCUUGUCACAAAAGGCCGUCAUGACGAAUGCAGACGGGUCUUCCGCUGGCUCCGAGGUGACGACGAAGAUGAUGAACUCGAAGAAAUGAUUGAAGGCCGACUGAUGUACGAAAAAGCAAUGAUCGCCGCAAGUUUUCAUAAAAAGAAUAAUCGUUUACGAAAAAUUGUAUCCACGAUAAAGAAGAAAGAGUUUUACAAACCUAUCGUUCUAAUGAUGCAUGCUCAUGUGUUGGUGAACUUUGCUGGUGGAACCACAAUGUCUGCUUAUUCUACUAUGAUAAUAGGGGUUGUGAUGGGACCUCAAGUUAACGCAAAUUUCUGGAUGAUAUUUUUAGGAGCUCAACGAUUCGUCUCGAAUACUCUAGCAGUGUUCGCUAUCAACAAAUUCAAGAGAAGAACAAUGAUGUUUGCCACUGGUGGUCUUUCGAUCUUUGCUCAGUUCGCUUUGGCUGCGUACGUGUACUUCAAACAGCAAGGAACUUUACCAUACGACGCCGUUUGGAUACCAAUAUUACUGAUUAACUUGAAAUUCUUCGCAGUAGCUACAGGAAUGUUGCCCUUGCCGAAUGUCAUUGGAGGAGAAGUCUUCCCUCUGGAGUACCGCAGCAUAGGCGGGACCAUCAGUCUGGCAUCUUUUUCAGCUACGUUUUUCUUGGUACUAAAGACUUUCACAGGUUUAGUUGAGUCAGUAGGCAUGUAUGGGGCCUAUAUAGUGUACGGCUGUAUCAUCAGUUACUGCAUGGUAGUCAUCUGGUUCCUUCUACCAGAAACCAAGGAUAGAACUCUGCAGCAGAUAGAAGAUGAGUUCAGAGGCAGGCCGUUGGCCCCUGAGGAGAUUGAAGUGAGAAAGUCUCUGCAAGCUGAUCCAAUUGUUGCAUACAAGAGGAAAAUGUCUGCUAGAAGAUGCAGCAGUCUUAUAUAAUUCAAGUUAUAUGUGUUUUUAGUCACUGACUUAAGGUUUUGCCUUUUAUUGUUUUGCAAAGUUAUGCAAUGUUCUGAAGAUUCCUCUAUAGUUCUAGUUCUUUGGUUUGGGAAUGAUUGGAAUAGAGAUGUUUAAUUUGUAAAAAAACUGAAAGUAUUAUUGUAAAUAGGAUUUGUAGUGUAGAUAAUAGUUACAAAUAUUGUGAAGAAAAGAUAUUUAUUUUAUAUUGUUACUUGAUGUGCUAAUUUAUUAAAUGUUGAAAAUAUUAUAUGAUAUGGUGGAACAAAAUGAAGACAGGAAUAUAGUUUUUCUUCUCAAUUUUAUUUUUAUUAUUUAUUAACGUUAUGUAACGAUGUCUUUACAAUGGGUGCAUUAUUUACUUGUCUUUUAGAAAUUAAGCUUAUCGUUAAGGUUUAGAUUCAUGAAAAAAUAUUUUCUCAAUGAAAUGGUAAACUACUGUGACAAUUGUACAUAAUAAUAUCCCGGAAAAAAUACACUUUCUUUAUUUUAUAAAAUCUCAAAAAAAAAAAAAAUUUAUGAAUCGAUUUAGGCAAAUUAACUUUCAUCAAAGUCAACGGUUUGGACAACCCUGGGUCUCUUGCUGGGUAUACGGCUGCUAUUCCUGAAGGCCAUGGCGCUGAACCAGCACAUCAUCAGCACCAGCAGAGAGAUCAUCCUUGUGGCGGUACGGGCAACCGAGUUCAUCGUGGAUAUUUGUGAUGAGGGACUGGAAAUAUCAUAUUUUAAGAAUAUUAGUAUUAGCAUGGUAUUUCUCAUUUAACAAGACUGUUACAGUGAUUUUUAAUGCUUUCACGGAUGCGUCCUGCUUCUGGGGUUACAAUUAAAUGAGGUGGUAUUUGAUAAUUAAGGUUUUAAAUCGUCAACCAGUGAAAUUAAAUCUCGAUAAUGAAGUUUUAUACAGUUAGCAAAAUAUCACCAAAUAAACUUGAUUAAAUAUUGUGCGUGAGCCACAUUUAUCGUCACAAGUAUAUAUAACAAGUAUCACACAGAUACUACAGAGUAACAGCUGUUCUUGCGGGUAGAAAUAACAGGUAUCACAGGUCUUUUUGCCGGGAAACAAAAGUUGUACUUGAAAUAACAGCUUGAUAUUUUGUUACGUGUUAACGAAAUUUUAAUGGACUAUAUUUUUUAGGGAUUCAUUUUUUUUAAGCUUCACGAAUAUUCUGUCGUGUUUAGGUACUGUUUUAUUCAACUGUUAUUAACAUAGUUAAUGACUUCAUAUGAUUUUAUUUGAUAUCAAGCUGUAAAGAAUUUACAAAUAUAGAAGCUGCUCCUGUAAACUCGUAAAAUGGUACAUAUGACCUGUUUUUAAUGACAGGUAUUGAGAACAAUGAAUUUUAUGGAACAGUAACAGGAACAACAGGUCGAUAUUUACCUAUUACAUAUCAACUCAUGAUUCAAAGAGGCUCGUGAAUAUCACAGUACUUAACAGUUGGUGAAUGUCAUACACAUAGGUGAGGUUUAUUUUGUAUAUGCAAUUUAAUACAUUGGUUAAAAACAUGGAUAGCAUUUUUCUAAACCUUGUAAUGUCACAUCAAACAACCUAUAUACAUCAUAAAGCGUUGUGUUUCGCCGUGUGUAUGAGGUUACCGGAGGCCCA